CAACAACAUCUGCAUCGUCCACCCACCACCAACGCCGCCAUCUAUUGCUUCACAAUUGAUCGUUUGUAUCUUUUUCAUGCCCCUUCCCCCGCGUGUCAUCUCCGCCUGGCUCGGCGACAUUGCUGCCGCCGCCGCCGCCUCCGAGCCCGAAAACCAAACACGCCGUGUAUCAUCCCCCUCCGCCCGCCAAAAACAACGCCCUUGCGUCCAAGAUCCACAACCGCGUCCUCCAAAGCGCCGCGCACUCCAGGAAUAUAGCGACGCUCAUAUUACUACUCCCGCCGUCAAAGCCGAACCCGGAGUCUCCGCUCGGAAAAGACUCCGCCCACAAGCCCAAGCAUUACAACAACAACGUCCAAGCAGGCGUCGUGCGCUGCACGAGACCACAGCGAACAUGCCUCGUCUGAGCCCCCCCGAUAGUCCUGAUCCCCUGAACAGCCCCGAGCGAGAACCGAGACAACCGAGCCAUCAACCGAGCGGACGAUCAGGCCGAACAGCAGGUAGCCGGAAGGCGAGCGCCGGGCCACAACAACCACAAAAUGUCGAGAGAGAAAGGAGACCGCGCGGGAGACCACGGAACGCAAGAGGGCAAAAACCCCUGGCUGUUGCUUCUGGUCGUGUUACAUCGAUUGAGGCUACAGGAAAUCUCGUGCUGUCACCAAGUACAUCGCAAUACUCGGAGUCACGAUAUGGGGACGAGCUGGCAUCAAUGGAACAUGUGGUCAACGAGCCUGCAAAGUCCAAUGCCACGACAUCACCAUCCCGGAAGGGCAAGAGUAAGAGUCGGAACCCUAGCCCGGUCAAGAGUUUGGAUGACAUGCACAUAUUUGACAAGCCCAUAUCCGUUGGAUUCGUGAACGAGGAGCGCCCAAUACCGGAGGUGCUACGCCCUCAUUGGGAUGCGUUAGAAGAUAUUUGCGCCAACAUCGGUAUCAUACCGCGCUCCAUUGAAGUUCGUCACCUGCAGGGCAAUGCGAUGGUCAUACUAACCGCUUGCAGGCACAGUUCGAAGAAGAAGAACGGCUGCGUCCUUCCAUGCUAUCCCCGACACCGGUAUCUACAUCGCGCGAAAGCAUUAGGCUCGAAAAUCGCGACUUCGAGGACGUGUGUGAGGUGCGGGACACCACGGUGAAAUACUGGGCCGAAGCCCACGAGGCGGGUUGGAAUUCA